UCUUCUCCCUGUGACUACCUUUCUUUCUUUUCUUCCUCUCUUCAUUCAUUUUUUCUUUGUUACUUUUUCUUCUCACUGUAAAUCUUUCUGUUUCUAGUAGAAGAAGAAGCUAAUAAUAAUGGGAUGGUUUCCUUGUUCUGGUAAUUCAACAAAGAAAUCUAAAAAGAAGAACACUACCCUCCUUGAUCAGAAAAAACCUACUUGUUCAGAGAAAAUAAAAAUCAAUCCUACCGUGGAUACAAGGAAGGGAUCCAGGGAGAAUUCUGUAAAUGGAGGAUCUAAUAUCUCAGCUCAUACAUUUCCAUUUUGUGAAUUAGCAGCUGCCACGAAGAACUUCAGGGAAGAUUGUCUAUUGGGUGAAGGGGGGUUUGGUAGAGUUUAUAAAGGUCGACUUGAAAGUACCAACCAGGUUGUGGCUAUCAAACAACUUGAUCGCGAGGGUUUGCAAGGGAACAGGGAAUUUCUUGUUGAAGUUUUGAUGUUAAGCCUACUUCACCAUACCAAUCUUGUUAGCUUAAUCGGGUAUUGUGCUGAUGGUGAUCAACGACUUUUGGUCUACGAAUACAUGCCUUUAGGGUCUCUGGAAGACCAUCUACAUGCAGAUCCUCCAUCUGAUAAGAAACGACUAGACUGGAAAACACGAAUGAAAAUAGCAGCUGGUGCAGCAAAAGGGUUGGAAUAUUUACAUGACACGGCAAAUCCUCCCGUUAUAUAUCGUGAUCUAAAAUGCUCAAAUAUUUUACUUGGGGAGGGGUAUCAUCCGAAAUUGUCUGAUUUUGGCUUAGCGAAGCUGGGGCCCGUAGGGGAUAACACCCAUGUAUCUACUAGGGUGAUGGGUACAUAUGGCUACUGCGCACCAGAGUAUGCAAUGACUGGCCAGCUAACAUUGAAAUCAGAUGUUUAUAGCUUCGGGGUUGUGCUAUUGGAACUUAUUACAGGAAGAAAGGCAAUUGACAAUUCAAAACUUGUUAAAGAACAAAACCUGGUUGCUUGGGCACGUCCACUGUUUAAAGACAGGAAAUCGUUUCCGCAGAUGGCUGACCCAACACUCCAAGGUCAGUAUCCGGUGAGAGGUUUGUAUCAAGCACUUGCAGUUGCUGCAAUGUGUGUUCAGGAGCAACCAACCAUGCGACCCUUAAUAGCAGACGUGGUUACAGCUUUGUCUUACCUUGCCUCGCAAGAAUACACCCCUCAUACACGCACGGCUCCAUCUACUCCACCUCGUACCAGAAGGGAGAUUAGUGAUAAGCCACUCAAUGGAGGCAGUAGCGGAAGUGGAUUUGAAAGAGACCAGACUUGCAGAUGAAUUAUAAAUUUUUAUAGAAGCUGAACUUGCAGAGCAAAAGUUAAUAGAUUUUCUCCUCUUUUUUUUUUUAUUUUUCUUGGAGUUUGUGAAGGAUUGGAUUUUCUUGUUCAAUCUUCUCCCCCGGCAAAGGCUUGGAUCAUUAGGUGUUUCUUUUUCUUCCUGUAGUUACAUGGGAAGUUCUUAUGUUUGUAAAUGUUGUGUUUGGUCCCCUUGUAUCUAAAAGUUACCCUUGUCAUUUUUGUUUUCCUUUGGCUUUGGGUAAUGCCCUUCUCUUUUUUGUCCUCCUUUCCAUUUGGAUUGUAAUAAAGUUUCUCUCUCUCA